AUGAUCUUAGCUGCAUGGGACAAUAAAAACAUUAGUGCUUCAGAAGAAAGUAUGUUGAGAGCUGGAAGGCAAGCAGCAAAACUUCUGCUUUUCUCUGCCCUUCUCUCUUUGAUCUCACACUCUUUUGUUUUUUCUUUCAUGCUCUUGGCUCAUGGAAUAGAACAAGGAAAGAAAUUAAUUCACUGCUUUUUCUUCUUUUCUUGCAAAGCAAACAGAAGUUGGCUUAAUACAACUGGAAGAAAAACAGAAAAAAUUCUGCUUUUCUUUGCUUUCUUCUCUUUGACCCCCCACUGUUUUGGAGAGAAAUAUGAUGGCAGGAAAGCUGAUGUGUGGAGCUGUGGUGUGAUAUUGUAUGCACUUCUAGUGGGUGCUCUACCUUUUGAUGAUGACAAUUUAAGAAAUCUUUUGGAAAAGGUGAAGAAAGGUGUCUUUCACAUUCCCCAUUUUGUGCCUCCAGACUGCCAGAAUCUUUUACGAGGCAUGAUUGAAGUAGAUCCUGAAAAACGAUUAACGUUAGAAGAAAUUCAUCGGCAUCCAUGGGUGACUGCAGAUGUCCAAGGUCAAAUUGAAUUAGAGUUACCAGUGGCCCAAGUAGUCCAGACUUCCAUUAUUCCCUCCGUAGAAGACCUAGAUCCAGAUGUUUUGUCAACUAUGAACUCGCUUCAGUGCUUUAAAGAUAAAGAAAAACUUGUACAGGAAUUAUUAAGUUCAAAACAUAAUACAGAAAAGGUUGUAUAUUUUCUGCUGUUAGAUAGAAAAUUAAGGAAUCCUAGCAUAGAAGAUGAUAUUGAAAUUAGGAGCCGGAAUGAUGCUGAUCCUCCCAGAAAAAGAGUUGACGCUGUCCAGCUCAAUGGCUCUCAAAGCCGACUUUCAUUAGGCAGCAUCAGCGAAGGAUCUCCUGUUGCCUCUCGGAGGGCACUUGCCAUUCAGCAGGUGCGAAAAGCCAGCAUAACAGGAAGUCCUGGUUCAUCUCCACUUUCUAGUCCGAAGCUGUCUCAGCGGGCCACACCUACCAACAGUCCCACCAAUACCCCACCCACUUCCCCAAGAGUUACCCCAGCCCCAUGGAAAACACGGCUACAUACCAUUAAAAACAGUUUCCUGGGAUCUCCUCGCUUUCACCGACGCAAACUUCAAGGUAUUCCCUACCACAAUGGCCUUAUGUUUGAAAUGGAUCAGAUCUCAGUUCCUACCAGUGAUGAUCUUGGCUGUACUCCCGAAUCUUCCCCUGAAAUGACAAAGAGGUCAUGGUUUGGAGCACUCAUGGGAACAGAACGGGAAGAACACCAUUUUGUCAUUGUUCGAGAUAAACCUUUGAGUCAAGUGAAGGCUGAUCUGGUUCAUGCCUUCUUGUCUACUCCGGAUAUGAGCCAUAGUGUUGUGUCCACUACCACAUUCAGAGCAGAAUAUAGGAGAUCCAGUAGUGCUUCCAUGUUUUCCAGAAAUGUCCGCUUCCAGGUUGAUAUAUCUCCCUCACCUGGUUAUGACACCAAUGGCGAGUCCUACUGUCUGACUUUUACCCUUAUCUCAGGCCCUACUCGCCGUUUCAAAAGAAUCUGCGAAUAUAUUCAAGCCCUGAUGCUGACACCUCGUGGAGAAAGGGAGAUUACCCGUCGGAUAAGUACAGACAGCUCAUCUUCAUACUCAUCAGAAAUGUCACCUACACACAAUGCAUCUCCCAGAGACAACACUGAAGAUGAGGUAACGAUAAUGAAGGUAGCUCGCAGUACCAUCAUGACAACCCCAUCAACCCUACGACCAGGAGAGAUGAUGAAGGAAGCUAGAAGUUCAAUCAUGAGUGGCUCUUCAACUCUAAAACCUGGAGAGGCAUUUGACAAGGAAAGAAGAACUCCAAACCCUCAGAGGAAAGAUAUGUUCCGAAAACGAUCUGUGACAACUGAACAUACUGCCACAACAGAAAAAGUGUGA